AUGAGGAAGAAGAUGGAUGAACUAAGGAACGCCAUUAAGGAGAAGAUGGAUCGAAGCGUAGACAGAAUGGUAAAGGCCAUGGAUUCGCCUUUCACCUCGGCGGUGUUUGAAUGCCCUGUAUCGUCGAAGUUUCGCUUACCUCAACUUGAGCCAUUCGACAGACUCAAAGACCCUCAGGAUUACCUUAAUACCUUUAAGACGACUCUAGGUCUUCAACAACCACUUGACGAGAUACUGUGUCGUUCCUUUCCCACCACUCUCAAAGGAGCUGCAAGGGAAUGGUUCACAAAGUUGUCGACUUCGUCCGUGGACAACUUUGAGCAGUUGAGCAAUGCCUUCUUGCGUCACUUCAUAGGGGGGCAACGUCCAAAGAGGCCGGUGGACGAAACUGAUGACAAGGUGCAGUUGACGACCUUCAAAGCGGGACUGAGAUCCAGAGAUCUUGUGGCCUCCCUCGCAAAGAAUCCACCAAAGACGAUGGCAGAAAUGCUCCUGAAGGCACAGAAGUACAUGAAUGUUGAAGAUGCUUUAGCAGCCAUAAAGGAUGUAGAGAAGCCAGGAGACAAGGCAAAGAAAGAAGACGAUCGUAGGGGUCAAAAGAGAAAGCGCCCAGAUCGUCGGAACAAUGACGGGAACAGGAGGAAAGAUGAUAAAGAUCCUCGAACAGUAAAAUUUACUCCUCUGGUUAUGCUUGUUGACAAAAUUUUAACGCAAAUCAAGGACAAGCAUUACCUCAAAUGGCCAAGACCAUUACACUCAUCCCCUAAUGUCCGUGACAAGAACAAGUACUGCCGAUUCCACAAAGAUCACAACCACAACACAGAAGAUUGUAGAGAUCUAAAGGAGCAGAUAGAGGAGUUGAUACAGAAAGGGAAAUUACAGAAAUAUGUGAAGAAGGGGGAAUAUAGUAAAUUCAGGAACGGUAAUAAGAGCCAGCAUGGGUCCUCUUCCCGGGAUGACGACCGCCCGUCCCAACCUUUACAGGAUGUGAUCGGGGAGAUAAAGACGAUUACAGGAGAUCCCUUCUCAGGAGGAUCGUUUAAAUCCCUCAAGAAAGCAUACCAGAGACAGGUAAAUAGUGUCCACACGAUACCUCCGUCUAAGCAACAAUGA